AUGUCGGAAUCGGACUCAAGGUUUGAAGUAUUGGAAGAAGAGACGCAUUAUCCUACGCCUAAUUCCAAGAAUAGUAAGAAAAAGGAAGAGGAAAAGAAAGAAGAGGAGGAAGAAGAGACAUUGGAGCAACAAUUGGAGCGACUUGUGUUGAGUGUCAAGAAAAAGAGCGACGUGGAGGAUGAGACUGUUGAAAAGACGACGGACAAGGUGAAAAAAGCAUCGGCAGCUAAAGAACUUGGGAACAAAUUCUUUACUCGAGGUAGCUACUUGGACGCUGUCGAGUGUUAUACAACGGCAUUAAAGCUCUGUCCAGAAGAAGAGGAAUAUGCUUAUAGCAGAGCAGUUUACUUUAAUAACAGGGCAGCGUGUUUGAUGCGACUUGGAAGGACUGAAGAAGCAGUGGAUGAGUGUAAUCAGGCGGUGAAACUAUCACCGACGUACGUUAAGGCUCUUUUACGUCGAGCAGAAGCGUUUGAGAAGCUGGAUAAACUUGAAGAAGCACUUGCGGAUUAUGACGCUGUGUUGAAGAUUGACUCGACGGUGCGCUCAGCUGUGCAAGGUCAUGAACGUUUGCAGAAGAUUGUGCACGAACGCCAAGAGAAGAUGAAGGCAGAGAUGAUUGAUAAGCUGAAAGGGUUUGGUAACACUCUCUUGGGCAAGUUUGGACUCAGCACUGACAAUUUCCAGAUGGUGCAAGACCCUGCGACGGGAUCGUACAGUAUUAAUUUCCAGCAGAAUCCGGGACAACCUGGCCAGCAUAAGCCAUCCUAA